AUGGACCGCGUGCCGGAGAGCGUAAAGCGUAACAGGAGGACCCACCAGGAAGCGCAAGCCCAGCUUGUACAACAAGUUGAUUGGGAAAGGGAGGCUGGUAGUGGAUAUGGGGACCUGCGGCCGGUGGGCGGGUUCGUUCUGGGGGCGGAUUCUAGUGUUGACGUCGUUCAGCUCAAGGCACAAGGCACAUCGAUACCUCGCCACAGGGGAUGCGACUCGGAUAGAGUAUAA